AUGCCAGUUGUGGACGAGGUUUAUUUGUUGCACAAUGGUAGACAUAACAAGAAAUUAAUUUUGAUAGUUUCUCUGUCUGCUACAAUCAGCUUGCUAACAUGUCUAGUUUGGGGUGUGCACCGACAGAAGCAAAAGAUUAGUCUUUUCAUCCUACCAAAGCAGACUGGUAAUAAAUCAAGCACGGAAGAAAUGCUAAGGAGGUAUGGAUCUUUGGCUCCGAAAAGGUACAAAUACUCAGAGCUGAAACAAAUUACUAGCUCUUUCAAGGAUAAACUUGGAGAAGGUGGAUAUGGCAAGGUAUUCAGGGGUAGCCUGCAAGAUGGCUGUGUCGUUGCUGUGAAGCUCCUAAAAGUUUCCAAAGGCAAUGGAGAGGAGUUCCUAAAUGAGGCAAUUAGCAUUGGCAGGACAUCACAUAUUAACAUCGUCGGUCUGCUCGGUUUUUGCUUAGAAGGAGCUAAGAGGGCCCUUGUUUAUGAGUAUAUGGCUAAUGGUUCACUGGAGAAGUACAUUUAUAUAGAGAAUUCAGAUCUAGUUAUUGGAUGGGACAAGUUACAGCAAAUAGUACUUGGCAUCGCACGGGGAUUGGAAUAUUUGCAUCAAGGAUGUAGUACUCGUAUCAUCCAUUUUGACAUCAAGCCUCAGAAUAUACUUCUAGAUCAAGAUUUUUGUCCCAAAAUUGCAGAUUUCGGUUUAGCCAAACUGUGUCACCUCAAGGAUAGCAUCCUCUCUGUCGCCGAAGCAAGAGGUACCAUUGGAUUCAUUGCUCCAGAAGUAUUCUCUAGAGGUUUUGGUGUCGUUUCGACAAAGUCAGAUGUUUAUAGCUAUGGAAUGAUGCUACUGGAAAUUGUAGGGGGGCGAAUAAACGGAGAAAAAGAUAAUAUAGAGAGCUCAAGCGAUGCCUAUUUCCCAAACUGGAUUUAUGACAAUAUAGCAGAACACGUACAAAGUUGUGAAGUCAUCUACGACCUUGAAGAGACCAUGAGAAAGAUGGCCUUAGUUGGGCUGUGGUGCAUACAAACUAAUCCCGGAAACCGUCCUACGAUGAGCAAGGUGAUUGAUAUGUUGGAAAAGAGCAUCAAUGAAUUGGAGAUGCCACCGAAGCCGUUUCUUUCCUGUCCCUCAAUCCCGUCACAUUAGUCGCCUCACACAAGUUAUGAUUUCAUAAGAUGUUCUGCCUCCCCUGGUCUGUUACCAUAGCCCAAAAGUAGGAUGGAGUGGAUAAAUGUAAAUUCGAAUUACCACUGCAUUUACCAUUAAGAUCUUCUAGCGCAUGAACCGUGUGUAAAAGAAAUGUGAAUUUUCAGACGUUACAUCCUGUCUCUCAGGAUGGCUGUUCGAGAUUAUUGUACUUGAUACGAGUCAAAAGUCAAAAUACGAAUAACCAAAUAAAAGCUGUUUGGGUGAUUUAUGUGUUUGCUUUUCUGACUUACUAAAGGCACCUAACUCCCGUUCUAGCAGGUACAAGAACUCCCGUUCGGUAGGCUAUAAGUUUGGGACAGACAGCUACCAAGAUCCAUACACACAAGCGACAGCUAGGCCUCCAAACCAUAAUAAGCGUCCUUCAGGCUAUAUUGUAGUUACGACCUGACGACCCAACAAAAUUCAGUAACCUGGAUUGGAUGCUAAACAUUGCAACAAUGCAUGCCAAGAAUGAAGUAUCAUAUCGACGAACCUAGCAUAUAAAAUCAACAGAUCGUUGUGACGUGCAGUAUUAACAACCAACAAAAAUCUAAUUACAUUAGACAAAAUUGACCUUGUACCUCCCUUGCCGCUCUUCGCGAGCACCCAGUCAAAUAGCACCGACCAUUUUUCCUCCCGGGCGUACAGACGCUCUGCUCCAGGCGCCGGCGCAGAUCGCACUACCUCGCUCUACUCUCCCUCGGCAUCACCGCCGCGGCCACGCAUUUCCCGCCCUGACCACCGGCGCCGCCGUGGCCGUGGCAGGCCGUGCGAGCACGCGCGGCGGGAGGGGCCAGAGACUCUUCGUCGCGCGGGUCACGACGGCAGCAGCGCCGGCACGGGAGGGAGGUGGCGCGGCGAAUCGAGGCAUGGCAGAUCAGCCGCCGCCGGCGGCGGCCUAAAGCUGGCAGAUUUGG